ACCGGGAAGGAAAGCUGAGCAAUGUGGCCUCUCUCUGUAUGUGCCAGCUUCAGAGCUGGCCUUGCCUGGGCUCUCCUUAGUGUGAUUCUGGGGAUGGAUUUAAGUUUGCAGGAAAGUUUACUGUUAAAAUCCCUGGGUCUGAGCACCAAACCCAGCCCCAAAACCCCUGUUCCUGUGCCAUCUGUGCUCUGGCGGAUCUUCCAGAACAGAAAGACAUCUCCUUCUACAAACAAAGGCCUGGAGGAUGCUUGUAGGGUGGAGGAAUUUAAUGUCCCUGGAAACAUCAUCCGUGUCUUCGCUGACCAAGGCCACUUCAUUCAUAACAGGCAGCCCCAGACAUUGCUGUGCCUGCAGAAGCGUCUGUACUUUAAUCUCUCUGUGCUUGAGGAGGGCGAGCGCUUGACGAUGGCUCAGCUAGAGAUCAAAUUCAGCCACAACUCCUACCACACCUCCAGCCAGGGCCAGGUCUUUGAGUUGAGGCUGUACCAAACCUCCCAGAUGUCCCUGCGGGAGAUGCCCUCCCACGAGUACAGCCAAAAGCUGCUGGUAGAGCAGUCCUUCGCCCAGCUGCACAAGUCUCUUCUCUUCAACCUGAGCGGGGUGGCAAAGGACUGGCGAACUUACAGCAAGAAUCUGGGCUUGAUCUUGGAGAUCUCGGUGGGCGGCAGAGAUGGUGCAUCAGCCCUGGCGAGCAAGGGGCUGCAGAGCCUCUGUGCCAGCAUCGACUCCUUCCUGGAUACCUCUCUCCUGGUGGUGACCCUCAGUCAGCAGCAAUGCAAGGCCUCCCGGAGGAAGAGAAGCGCUUACUACACCCCUGUCACACCAAGCAACCUCUGCAAGCCCAGGCGGCUCUACAUCAGCUUCAGCGACGUUGGCUGGGAGAACUGGAUCAUCGCCCCCCAGGGCUACCUGGCUAAUUACUGCCUUGGAGAGUGUCCCUUCCCGCUGACUGCUGAGCUGAACAGCACCAACCAUGCCAUCCUCCAAACCAUGGUGCACUCGCUGGACCCCGAGGGUACCCCCCAGCCUUGCUGUGUCCCCGUCAGGCUGUCCCCCAUCUCCAUCCUCUACUACGAUAACAAUGACAACGUGGUGCUGAGGCACUAUGAGGACAUGGUGGUGGAUGAGUGUGGCUGCAGAUAGUGGAGGGCCUGUGUGGGUGGGUGUGCAUUGGGGCCUGUAUGAAACACUGUUGAAUGGCUGAUAGAA